UCUCCAUCCUUGUUGACGACUGCAAAGUGAAGAGGGAGGGGGGAGACUUGUGUUUUUGGCGGGUUCUGCAGAGCUGGUGUAGUUGGAGCUUGAAUUCGAACAUAAGAUAGUUAAAACAGAAUUUAGCUCUGCUUUUCCCGAAGUGCUUUUAACAGAGGAGACAGGUUUGCAAAAUGGGCAAGAAGGUGAAGAAGAAACUAGAGGACGUCUCCUCAGAUGACGAGGAGGAGUAUGUGGUGGAAAGAGUGCUGGAUCGCAGGGUGGUGAGGGGCCGUGUGGAGUUUCUUCUGAAGUGGAAAGGCUUCUCUGAGGCUGAUAAUACUUGGGAGCCAGAGAAGAAUCUCGACUGCCCAGAACUGAUUGGGGAGUUUCUGAAAACCUGCAGCAAGGGCAAGGAAAAUGGCGCUGGUUCUCAGGACAGACUGGACGGUGGCAAGCGCAAGUCUGCCAUCAUCAACGGCAAUGAGGAGCUCAGAACCAAGAAGAGAAAAGAGGAUGAGGAUUGUGUGCGGGGUUUUGACCGUGGGCUGGAACCGGAGAAGAUCAUUGGAGCCACGGACUCCUGUGGGGAACUGAUGUUCCUGAUGAAAUGGAAGGACUCAGAUGAGGCUGAUCUGGUCCUGGCCAAGGAGGCCAACGUCAAGUGUCCUCAAAUCGUCAUUGCCUUCUACGAGGAGCGUCUGACAUGGCACGCCUACCCUGCUGAGGAGGAGGAGAAGAGGGAAGAUUCGCAGGCCAGCUAGGUGCAGGCACACACCUCUGUCACCUGUUCCUGCCUGCCACACACAUAUCAGCAGGGAGCUCCCACCACACACGCCUUCAGGGUUGUGGGUUCAAGGAGAAGGGAGGGGUGAAAGAAGUGAGAGUUGUUCCUUUGGUAAACUCAACUGGCAAACAUGACAUGUAUCCCCAUUCCUUUCUCCUCCAUCCUUAACAGACAUUCUCCAUCCUCUUUCUGAGCCUUCCCUGUCCUUUGUCCUCUUCAAUCCAUGUCAUUUUCUAUCCCUAUAUCCUCCUUUCACUUCUCCUCAUCUCCACCCUCCCCUCUUCUUUCCCUCUUCAGGACCAUCCAUGCUCUGUGUUAUGGACAUAAUGUUUUGGAGAGUAUGUGUCAUUUGUGCAUCCUUUGGCUGUAGACUCACAGGGUAUCAGAUUUCCCAUUCACACCACCAUUCCUACUGUUCUCCCCCACAGCUGAUAGGGAACUCUAUAUCCUAUCUGAUUCCCUCCUACUCCAAAUACCAUCAUCUCCCUAGACCAUUUAACUCUUUACUUCUGAUAUUCAUUCAGUAAUCUGGAAUUAUUCUGUCUACUGGUGUGGAGUGUUGUGAAGCCUGUACAUUGUGUGGUGUGUGUCCGUGUCUGAACACCUCCCUCCUGCUUUCCAUCAUCAGGCACAUGCUGACCCUCCUCUCAAUGGUCCCCAUCCCAGCACCCAUAACCAAUUAAAGCCAGAUUUCUCACACCCCAGUUUCCAAGGGAAAAUCUUAGGAUCAGGAUAGAGGGUGUUGGUUCCCUUCAGUUCAGCAAACACAUCCCUAGAAUUCGCUGCUUUCUCCCUGCUCUCUCAGGAGUCCUGUGACCUCCCACCAUUCCAUCACCAGGGCAGUUCUGUUCAGGAGUUGAGACGAUACUUUAGAUCACCCCAUGUAUAAUUCUUCCUUCAUCCUUCCUUAGAAAUGAAUUGGUGCUUAGAAAGUGGGUCUGUUGUCACUCACAGAAUGCUGAUAUUUCCAAAAUUGUACAGUAACUACUCUUUUCUCUCUGCAUGAGUUGAGGAUUUUAACAUCUAUUGAGACAUGCGGUGUUAAAGGAAACACCCACACCCAGAUCCUCCUCAUGGAUAGACAGAGAGAGAGGGAGAGAUUAUUAUCUUUCUUCCCCUUUUCCUUUUUUCUACAGAAACCAAUCUGUGUUAUUUUGUCAGAUGAAUCAAGAACUUCUUUAUAAUAUGUAACCCUGCCUUGGCUAUCUCUGUUUGAGUUCUGGGAGUACUACUGGUAAUAAUGACAGAUUGAGUAUUUGAUCUAUUGGGUCCGCCAUGCCAUUCAAUCAUCAAUGGUCUACCACUUUGCGAUUGACACAGACACUAACCCCAUCCCCACCACCCCCGUAUUGAUCAGGAUCUCAUCUGUCUGCCUUAAAGCAGGGAGUCAGUUUUCAACAAAUCCUUCAGGUUCAGCACUCUCUGGUUGUAGAGAUUCUUUCUCAACCUGGUUUUAAGUGACCUUCCUUCAUUGUGAGGCCAUGCACUCAAAUGCUCAAAAUCCAAAGCAAACCACAUAAGAUACUGGAGGAACUCAGUAAGUCAGAUGGCAUCCAUGGAUAUGAGUAAACAGGUUAAUACCCUUUAGAGUGGAAGAGGUAAAGGGCUAUUGAGGGAAUCUGUUAAGAGAGGAGAAUGAACAGUGGAAGAAGGGGAAGGAAGAGUGCACCAGAGGGAGGUGAAUUACAAGUGAUGAAAUGGGAAGAGGUAAGAGGGGAGUCUGAAUGGGGAAUGGAAAAAGAGACCAGAAGCUACCAGAAGUUAGACAAAAUGAUAUUCAUGCAGUUAAAUUAA